AUGGUUGAUAAUAUUCAAUUCGAUUCAUCAGAAACAGUAGAUUCUACUGAAUUAUCAACAAACAUUGAAGAUACAUCAAAAUGGAAACCCUAUUGGAAUGAACAUUAUAAACGUUAUUACUGGUCAGAUGGAAAUGAAUCAGUUUGGGAAACUCCAAAAGGUUGUGUUGAACCAUCACCACCUACAUCAGAGCCAUCUUCAAAUACUACACAACAAUUACAGUCAUAUACAACUAGUGACUAUGCUGUAUCUAUGGCAUAUGUUAAUACUCCAAAUGAUCUUCGUUAUCAACCAUAUAUUAUUCCACCUGUUAUACCAAGUACAAUAAAUACUGGUAAAAGACUUGUUGGACAAGAUACACGUGAUCUACGUCAAUUAUAUCAUUAUUUUGAUUAUAAUGCAUGGAAUGAAGAAUUAAAUCGAACAAAUGGUAAUCAAAAGAAAAAAGUUAAAUUAACUAAAAAAGAACUUGAUGUUAUUAAAGCACGUCGAGCAGAAAUAAAAAGAAAACAUCGUGAUAAAUGGUUACUUGAAGAUUAA